AUGGGGAUGAGUCACAAUUUGCAGCAGACAACUGGAAGGCGGCCAAAGGUGGUGUUGGCUUUGCGGAUGACCAGUGAGAUAUACCUGCUGGACCGCAUGCUACGGGUGGAUGUUGUUAUGCUUGUGAAGGGCAAUCUGAUUUUCUAUGAAGAGGACCUGAAAGAGGCUGGUAUUGAUGUCAUUGAAGCCUCAGUGUACUCGGGAUUGGGCACACAGCUCUUUAAAGAGGAAUGUGGGCUGGACCAGGAGAAGGUGUACUGCUUUGUUCAUCUGAGCAUUCAGGAGUUUCUGGCUGCUGUUUAUGUGUUCCUCUCAUUCAUCAACAACAACGAGAAUCUAAUGGACAAACAGCAAACAAAAUCCAAUAACUUUUCUUUGCUAUUCAGAGACGAGCCUGAAGUUAGUUUCUUCAAGAGUGCUGUGGAUAAAGCCUUACAAAGUAAGACAGGAAACCUGGACCUUUUCCUCCGCUUCCUUCUGGGCCUCUCACUGGAGUCCAAUCAGAAGUACUUACAAGGUCUACUGACAAAGACAAGCAGCUCACGGAGCCAUGAAGAAGCAGUCAAGUACAUCAAGGAGAAGAUCAGGGAGAAUCUUUCUCCGGAGAGGAGCAUCAAUCUGUUCCACUGUCUGAAUGAACUGAAUGACCAUUCUCUAGUGGAGGAGAUCCAAAGCUACCUGAGAACAGGAAGUCUCUCUGGAGCCAACCUGUCACCUGCACAGUGGUCAGCUCUGGUCUUUGUGUUGCUGACUUCAGAAAAGGAGCUGGAUGUGUUUGACCUGAAAAAAUACUCCAGAUCAGAGGAAGGUCUUCUGAGGCUGCUGCCAGUGGUCAAAGCCUCCAGAGCUGUCCUGCUGUCAGGCUGUGGAGUCACAGAGGAAGGCUGUGCUUCUCUGGUCUCAGCUCUGGAGUCAAACCCCUCACACCUGAGAGAGCUGGACCUGAGUAACAAUGACCUGAAGGAUUCAGGAGUGAAGCUGCUCUCUGCUGGACUGGGGAAUCCCCACUGUAAACUGGAGACUCUGAGACUGUCACGCUGUCUAGUCACAGAGGAAGGCUGUGCUUCUCUGGUCUCAGCUUUGAGGUCAAACCCCUCACACCUGAGAGAGCUGGACCUGAGCUACAAUCACCCAGGAGUCUCAGGAGUCAGACUGCUCUCUGCUGGACUGGAGGACACACACUGCAGACUGGAGAAACUCAAUGUGGAACAUGGUGGAGAGUACACAAUGAAACCUGGGCUUAGAAAAUAUGUGUGUGAUCUGACACUGGACCCAAACACAGUAAACAGAUUCCUCUCUCUGUCUGAGGAGAACAGAAAGGUGACACGUAGGAAAGAGGAGCAGCUGUAUCCUGAUCACCCAGAGAGAUUUGAGGGCAGUGAACAGGUGCUGUGUAGAGAGGGUCUGACUGGGUGCUGUUACUGUGAGGUAGAGUGGAGUGGGAGAAGGGUUGGCAUCGGAGUGACAUAUAAAGGAAUCAACAGGAGAGGAGGGGGUGAUGACUGUUGUCUUGGAUGGAAUAACAAGUCCUGGAGUCUGUUCUGCUCUGACAACAGUUACUAUGCCUGUCACAAUAAUAUUACCACAACCAUAGACGUCCACCCCUCCGGCUCCCACAAAGUAGGAGUGUAUCUGGACUGCUCAGCCGGCACUCUGUCCUUCUAUAGAGCCUCCUCUGACACACUGACCCACCUGUACACAUUCACCUCCACAUUCACAGAGCCCCUCUAUACAGGGUUUAGGUUUUGGGGUGAUGACUCCUCAGUGUCCCUGUAA